AUGGGGUACGUUGUAGCCGGUUAUGCAACAAGACGGUUACGGCACUACGAUGACACAGUGGUGUACUAUCCUCCAUUUAAGCGGGUUUGUGUGGGCAGGAGUAUGAGGUUUGAGGAUCUUCCUCGUGAGUUGAUACAGCAGAUAUUUGUGAUUAGUGGGAACCGGUCACUAGCUGUAUGUAGUAGGUUUUUGUACGAGUGUCUCCGACCUAGAGCGUCUUUGAUUGGAUCAUUUUUGAAGGCGAACUAUAUGCAUGAUGUCAACAAGGAGGUGCCAAAGACUGCUACUACUAUGGCGACGCGCAUAAAGCUGCUGGACACGGAUGUAUUUAAUACGAAGGUUUUCCUCGGAUUUUUGAACAGUCAUCAUAAUUUUUUGGAUGGUCUGGGAGGACUCAUGCAGAUUUCUGCGAUCUACGAGACUCAGAGGGCGAGGAGGGUAGAGUUUGAGCAAGGUGGGGACGUUUUUCUCGGAGUACCGAAACCUGUGGUUAAUGAAGAGACGGGGAAACCCGCACUAGACUUCCCCCAGCCCUUUUAUACUCACCCUUAUAUCUAUUUUUGCAAUAAUAUUGAGGCGAAACCACCAAUAUACAAUCAGUUUCUGCUCAAGAUCCACAAGUACUUUGCGAUCACACAACCAGAGUAUUUAACGGAUCGAAUCUUGCAUUGGUUUUUUUAUGAGAGCCAAGAUAACUAUAAUGUGAAUCAUUUGCUUCACGCGAUCAAUCUUGCUUUGCAUCUUUCUAGUUUAUCGGUCCCAAAAUUUACCAGAAUGGAUCCAAUGUUAACCCUAGUAAAUCACCUGUUUGUGGAAAAUAUUCCAGGUAUUACCAAACUACUGCUGGCUACGAAUGAAACUCUAGUUUCUAGGAAGUAUAGAAUUGUUGAAAAGUUCAUCCGCAAAUUCUAUAAGGGCCAUGAAGAAUUGUUAUCAGACGAUACACUGUGGCAGCUAUUGAACAAUACCAAGGAUGCUGAACUGAUGAAGCUUGUUGUCAGCCAUGGAGGCAAGCCACGUUUCAACAUGAUACGAUAA